UCAACCAUAGCCGAUCUAGACGGUCGUGGGUGCCAAACGCGGCUAUCGGCAAUCUGCGACGGCGAAGGUCGAGGUGGUUUGAUUGCAGUUGGGAAGCAUCGACUAUCCAAGUGAUUUUGUGUUGAUCUUAUCUAGCGGGAAGGGAAAGUGCGGUGCCGUCUCUCUGUCGUUAGGCCGUGCAGGUUUCUCUCGGGAGAGAGGUGGAAGGCACGAGAGCAUAAGCGAUCAAUAACAACAAGAAGCAACAACGAAGAUGGCGACGGCCGCUGCGGAACAGAAGAAGCAGGUUGGUACCUCGAUGGCUGCGUGGACUGCUGCAAAGCCUUUCUUGAACGGAGGUCUGUCUGGCAUGGGUGCGACUUGCGUCGUGCAGCCCAUUGAUAUGGUGAAAGUGCGUAUCCAAUUGGGAGCGGGAUCGGCCGUGCAAGUGACGAAGGAUAUCGUUCGGAAUGAAGGAUUCGGCGCGCUUUACAAGGGGUUGUCGGCGGGGUUGCUCCGACAGGCAACCUACACGACGGCAAGGCUGGGAACCUUUAGGGGUCUGUCAGAUUGGGCGAUCGAGAAGAACGACGGGAAGCCGUUGCCACUUGUGCAGAAGGCGGCGCUGGGUCUGGCGGCGGGCGCAGUGGGCGCUAGCGUCGGAAAUCCCGCCGACCUGUCUCUUAUUCGAAUGCAAGCGGACAAUACUCUUCCUCUACAUCAGCGUCGCAAUUACACGAGUGUGUUCGAUGCGAUGGCGAAGAUCACCAAGGACGAGGGUGUUAUCGGGAUGUGGAGGGGAUCCGGCCCUACCGUCGUUCGUUGUAUGGCACUGAACAUGGGCAUGCUUGCUUCUUAUGAUCAGGCUGUCGAGUACUUCCGCGAUGUGCAAGGGCUCAGUGAGAGCCAGACUGUUUACGCGAGCAGUGCUGUCUCCGGUUUCUUUGCCGCUGCGUGUAGUUUGCCCUUCGACUAUGUGAAGACGCAGAUCCAGAAGAUGCAGCCUGGUCCUGACGGUAAGAUGCCCUACACCGGCUCGCUUGAUUGCGCAGUGCAGACGUUCAAAUCCGGCGGUCCGUUGAAGUUCUACACCGGUUUUCCUACGUAUUACUGCAGGAUUGCGCCGCACGCGAUGAUCACUUGGAUUCUGCUCAAUCAGAUCAAGAAGCUGCAGGAGAAGGUAGGUCUUUGAGGAGGAGGAGGACGAGAAGGUGAUGUGGAAAGGUUGGGCGUUCGAGUCUUUCCAAGAAAUAGGAGAAAGUAGGUGAUUGAAGAGGUGGUCGGUCGGAAUUGCGAGGUGUGGAGAAAAGACAAAGAGAACGAGAAGAGAGGUAUCUAUCGUCUUCUUUUGCCCUUUUGACUGAGGGUUUACCGAUCUCCUCUCUCUCUCUCUCCCUCUCUCUCACGCUUCAGAGCGGCGGGCUGUCUUCUCUCCUGUGUGGCUCUCGUUGUUGUUCGGUGUUUCCGGUUCUUCUCCAUGGACAACAUCAGGUGGCCUUUUCUGUUUCCUCUUUUAGUCGAAAUUACUAGGGUUGCCUAGGCAUCAGAUUUUUGACCUGAGCAGUUUAACGGUAAUAGACUGUCGUGAAUCCGAUCACCCUUAAUGUGGUAGAGAGGUGCUGUUUCUACUCCACACCUGACACUGUCGUGAAUCCGCUCACCCUUAAUGUGGUAGAGGUGCUGUUUCUACUCCACACCUGACACUGUCGUGAAUCCGCUCACCCUUAAUGUGGUAGAGAGGUGCUAUUUCUACUCCACUCACGGGAGUCACGGCUUCCACAAUUUUUGAGUACACGAAGUUCUGCUGCAGUCCCCGUAAAGAGUGUCAGAUAAGAUAUUGAGAAAUUUUUAACCACGAUAAUACGCUUCAGAUCAGAUAUUGAGAAAUUUUUAACCACGAUAGUACGCUGCUCUUUUGAAGUACGGUUCUGAUAUUUACGAUCCGGACGUCCUGAUGAUUCCGAUCCCAUACACUAAAAUGUACGGAGCAAGUUAUCCGUUUGCGCCUCAGCAAUCGCGGGUGGAUUUUGUCGUUUAGUCAUACCUUCGAUGGUGGGAGUGGCAUGGCGAUGUGAAAAAGGCCGC